AUGAAUAGUGACACUCCUGAUGCCGUUUCAGUCCAAGAUCAGCUCCCAUCAGCAUGGCGGUUGAGAAGUGGUUUGGAAGACUUGGAUUUUGAGUUGACAUGUAAUCCACAAGACAUUAAAGUGUCUUUUAGAACAUGUCAACUGAAAAGUUUAAAUUUAAAUGCCACAAGUGUUUACCUCUCCGACAAACGCUGCAGAGGUAUUAAGGAUCAGAAUAAUACAAGUGUUAUUUCCGUUACAUCUUCUCUUCAAGAUGGAGACUGUGGAGCCCAGCUAUAUAAUAACGGGACACAUGCCAUCUAUAAGAAUAUUAUGUAUGUCCAAUUGGAAACAGAUAAAAAAAUCAUCAGGAACUCUGAAGCUCAGAUGAAUUUCUCUUGUGCUUAUCCACUUGACCUCACUCUUAAAACAACGUUUAACCCUGUUCUAAGUUCAACAAGCAUCACUGUUGAUGGCGCUGGACAAUUCAAAGUGUCCAUGGUUGUUUAUAAGGACCAAAAUUUCAAAUCAACAUAUCAAGAUACAGAGCUGGUGCUACCAACAACAGCAACAUUACAUGUUGGAGUUAUUCUCAAUGGUGCAAAUACUUCCCAGUAUGUCGUUGCAAUGAAAAACUGUUACGCUACACCAAGUAGACAUGGUGAUGAUCCUGUGAAAUAUUACAUCAUUAAGGAGAGAUGUCCUAAUAAGGAAGAUGCAACUAUCAGGGUGAUAGAAAAUGGAGUCUCUUUGCGAGGACUCUUUUCUGUUCAAAUAUUCAAAUUUGCUGAAGAUUCUAACAUGGUUUACUUGCACUGUGAAAUCAGUCUCUGUGAUACCAAAAGACAGAUGUGCAAAACCUCAUGUUCUAGGCCACAGUCUCGCAGAGCUCUGAUGCAGGAUGCUACUUUUGUUCUGGAGUUUGGGCCUAUUAUGUGCUAUGGUUCUGGAAUGUAUUAA